AUGGAGAAAAAAAUAACUGAAAGAGACACAACUAAUUAUUUACAAGAUACAAAGAAUAGCAGAGAAAAUAAGACUGAAGAAUUAAAGGAGGGUGUUGCCAAUUUCAAACUUGAUUCUCAUCAGCAUGUGAAAAGAGGACCUGCUAGUAACAUUUCAGAGAGCCAAAGUUCUCUAAAAGCAACACAAGAGAAUAAGUCCCCAACAUCAACUAAAAGAGUUAAGACAGUAAAGAGAAAACAGGAUGAAAUCAAAAGUACAGCAGCUGAGCAAGAAGAGAAAGGCUUAAAUGUGCACCUGAAACAUAGCAAGGGAUUUAAUGCAAUAAUAGAACAAAGUCAAGGCAGAGAUAAAUCUGUAGGAAAUGGACAGAUAGAGAGCAAAAAUGUCACAGGUGUAAAAGUAGCAAAGGAAGAAACAAAGAGCAAAGAUAAAGGUGAAAGGAAAAAACAAGGCAAAGCUGAUACUCCUGCAAAAAUGGAACAAAAACAAAACAAAGCAAUAGAUGAAGAUAAUUUAGAAGAGUGUCCAAAGUGUGAAAAAUGGGAUAUAGAAUCAACUGGCACUGAGAAAGGUAAAUUAUUGCGACUGAAAUUCAAACGUUAUUUAAGUAACAAUCAAGAUGAAAAUUUAAUAGAGAAGGUUAUCAGGGCAAAUAUGAAGGGGGCAAAUGACAACCAGGAAACAGAGGGCAAGGAAAUCAUGAUUUUAGCUGAAGAUGGUACUAUUACAUGUAAUUUUUGUCCGUUUUUUACAUUGUGCAAAGUCUUUUUUUGGCGCCAUUGGGGUAGUAACCAUGGAAAACAGGUAAAGUCAUAUUUUUGCAGUCUCUGUGGCUUAUCUUAUAAAGUUUUGUGUUCUCUAAAACGUCAUAUCUGUUUAAAGCACAAAGUCGAAGAUGGUAACAAUGAAACAAAAUCUAUCAGCAAGAAUUACCAAUGUAAUAUGUGUUUCAAAUUUGUUUCGACUCGAAGAAAUCUUGAUGAACACAAGCUGAAAGUUCACAAUUACGUGCCAAUCAAAUACAAGUGUAGUAAUUGUGAGUUUGAGACUGAGAGAUGCAGUACUUUGCAUAGACAUCAAAGAGCCAUUCAUAACACAGAGUAUUACUGCUGUGAGAAGUGUGUUAAACCUUUUUACAAUUUAGCCGAUUAUAAAGCGCAUGUUUGUAAAACACAACCGAGGAGAAUUAAAUGUCAUCUGUGUGAAAAGACGUUCAGCAGUGUAAAAUGCACACAGGCUCAUGUCAAGGUCCACAAUAAUCAAUGGCUGUAUACUUGCGAUAAAUGCGGAAAGAAGUUUGCAAAAGUCUGCCAGCUGAAGCGCCAUCAUAACAUAAAGCAUGAAAAGGAAGUGAUUCGUUAUAACUGCGGAGACUGCUUCUCAUCUUUCCUUUACAAAACAAGCCUCCAGAAACACAUGAGAAUUGCUCAUCUUGCAAUUACAAAUAGUGAAAGAAAAAGGUAUUUGAAGAACACGGGUGCAUAUCGGUCUUUGACUAAAGUAAAAAAUAUCAAGUGUCCAAAGUGCUCGUGUGCAUUUUAUGUCAAAGGUGCUUUGAAAAAUCACAUGAUGAGGAAACAUUUGUACCAGCCCGAUGAAGAUAAUCUGUCUGUUGGUUAA